CAUCCAUAAUUUAACUAACUUACUGUAGGCAUCACCACAUAACUUAUACAGUAGUGGCCAAAAAUGAUGUCCAGGAGGAGAUUUAUGUGAUAUUUGCUUUUAAUGCACCCUCAGGUUUAAAUAUAGCUGUAUGGUACAAGACUGACAAAAAACGGAACAUUUAAGGGAUUCAUUGGACAAAAUUAUUUGGCAAACCACAGCAUACCCAAGUUUUGAAAUACAUCCCCAAGGGUGUCAAAAAGGCACAUUAGGAACUUGACGUUAGGAACAGUAUGUUCUUUAUUAUAUAAAGAUAAGCAACUAUUAAAUCUUUUCAAUGAAGUUCAAGUCUCAAUUUGAACAGCCUUGUGGAAAAGUUUGGAAUGUUGACCCACAUCAAAAAAUAACCCUUACAAGUAUACCAUUGUUACAAUUCUGGGUACUUCACCUGUUCACCAAAGAGAGAAGAUAACAUUUUCGGCCUUCUUUCAAUGCCUGCCAAGAACAAAGGGUAAUAAAUAACCAGGAGGACGGCUGCCCUCUAGGAUGAUGGCUAUCUGCCAUCGGUCUUCUCACAGCCCGUGAUAGGUCUCCCCGAUACGCCAAGGCAUUAUCCUGCCAAGCUUUUCACUUCUAUGUAUAGCUCCUUCUAUUCUUGAAGUUGUUAGGAGUAAUACAAACUGUGGACUGAUACAAACAUUCAGUCAAGUACAUCUGACAUGAAGAGACAUCACGGAUAACCAUCGGUGCUGUGAAUCUCAUCCAAAACAUGUUUGAUUAUGCAAACGUGGACAUUUCUCUGGAAUUCUGCUCAACUUGAUGGAGUCGAACAGCUGUGCUGACUUAGAGGUCAACACGGGGAAGGCGAUUUGCCAGCGGACGGGUUUCGUGAAAGUAAGAUUUGGUGAAAGUGUUUUUAUGGUGGACAAAGGCCUCCUGGAGCAGCACUGCGAAUACUUUCGAGCUCUUUUCCGUUCUGGGAUGAAGGAAUGUCUGCAAGAUGAGAUUUGUCUUCAGGCACCCAGUGCCUGUGGUUUCCUGGUCACCCUCCAGGUGUUACAUGGAGAAAGACCCAUCCUGAACAGAGACGAAAUUGUCGAAGCCAUCCAAUGUGCUGCUUUUCUUCAGGUCGAAACUUUAACUGAACAUCUCAUAAACAUUGUCAAUUCCGACAACUGCCUUCUUAUGUAUCACACGUCAGCUAUUUUCGGGUUAUUGAAGCUUUUUGAAAGCACUGCUCUGUUUAUCCGAGAUAUGUAUGAAGACCUCAAAGAAGAUGUGAAGUGCUUGCCAGAGGAUUUGAUUGAACACGUCGAGGCUCUCAUUCCCAGUACAUACGUGACCGUCGGUACGCACUCCCCGACCAUCAAACUGCUGCAGGACUUCAUGAGGACGGUUUGUUACCUGGAUGAAGAUGAGAAUGAUUGGAAGGUUCUUACCCAUUUGCCCCUCAAUGCCAGCACCACCAUGGCAGGUGUUGCAGUCCUAGACAAUAAGAUCUACAUUGUUGGAGGGGUCUAUGAUGUCUCCAACAAAGUUGUGGACUCGGGGUUCUGCUAUGAUGCGUUCACAGACACUUGGAGCACAUUCUCUAGCCCACAACAACUUCGCUACAACUGUACCUUGGUCGGCCACGAUGGCAACCUCUAUGUCAUUGGUGGAGAAUACGACAAGACCAUAAUGUCCUCUGUGGAAAAGUACAAAGUCUCCACGGACACUUGGACCUUUGCCGCUCAUCUACCGAGACCAGCAGCCGCUGUCACUUGCACCAAAACUAUGAGCAGACUCUUCAUCUGCCUCUGGAGACCCAAGGAUGCUACUGAGAUUUACGAGUAUGUCGGGAACAAAAACAAGUGGGAGUUAACCACGACACUUGUUAGGCAUCAAAGUUAUGGCCAUUGGAUGGUGGCCCACAGAGACAAUUUGUAUGUUAUGAGAAACGGACCAUCUGAUGAUUUCUUGAGAUGCAUGAUAGACUGUUAUAACCUGACCACAGGUCAGUGGACGGCCAUGCCCGGGCAGUACGAGAACAGUAAAGGCGCCUUGUUUACUGCAGUAGUGCGAGGUGACUCUGUUUUUACGGUGAACCGCAGAGCGACUGUGGAAUAUGCCAUUGAGGACAAAUGGAGGACAAAAAAAGAAUUGACAGGGUUUCCGAGAAUUGGCACCAGGUGGACUUUCCUCUUGAGACUGCCAAAGAAAAGCAGAGAAUCUUUGGAAAAGAAAAAUAGUGGACCAGAGAUCUACAGCCUCCCUUCAAACUCUCUACAAUGUCAAGACUGAUUGGCGAUACGUGUUUUUUUAUAGCUCUGUAUCAACAAAUUCCUAGAAUUCUAUCUGAUCUGACAUGAGUCAAAUGCUUAUUAUUGUCGAGAUUAAGUUAACAGUAAAAUGGGACAGGCAAUGUGGAAAUUGGAACGUGAAAAUGAUGGAAAGUGAUGUGACUGGUUUUAGACUUGUCAUUUUGAUUGAUGGGCUAUAUAAACACACGCCCGCCAAACAUUUAUAAAUAAUUGCAUUCAAAUCUGUCAUCUUACUUCACACUAAAAGCAUGCUGGGUCGUUUCAAUCCAUGGUUGGGUAAAUUUAACUCGACUGUUGGGUUGGCCAUGUUUUAUUAUUCCUUCAUACCACAAGGCUGUUGAAGGCUUCAUUCUGAUAUGCUGAUGAAUGUUCUAGGGGGGUGCAUUAUUUUUCAGUAAACACCAUUGGAGUCAGAACCAUUAUAUUUGGGCGGGACAAGACCCCCCCCACCAGUUUUUAAGACCAAUGAUAUUGCACCCACUCAUGUUUUCUCUAAUUUAGCACAUAUGUCUGUUCACUUGUCAGAGCGCCGUCAGUCAAAUCUGUUUUCACUAGAGGAAUGCCCUAAUAAAUUAAACCUCAUUCCGUGUUUCAGCAACAGCCUUGACUUACACACUGCUGCUUCCUCAAAUCCAUUUCUCUUGGCUCAUUCAGAGUCCAUAUAAUUUGAGUUUUUAUUACUUUUGCAUUCGACAAUCCUGUAACACAACAACAAUAUAAGCAAAGCUUUAGCCAAUAAGAGCAAUUGUUUAAUAAAAAGGCACUAGGGGUGGCUCAGUGGGUAGCACUGUUGCAUCACAGCAAGGUCCCGAUUCGAGUCCUCGGCUAGGUCAGGUGGCCUUUCUGUAUGAAGUAAGGGUGUCACAAUUUUAAUUUUAAAUCGAAAUUGGUCGAAAUUAGUCACAACCUCGAACUUCGAAUUAAAAAAUGGAAUCCUUGAUGCUGCCACGCCCCCAUCAUGUCACAUCUGGUCAGCUUGCCAAGCGGAAAAAAAUACACGUGUUGAGUGCUGGGAGUCAACCUCCUCUAACUUAGCUAGCUACAGCUAGUUAAAAGAUAGCAUGGCAGAUGCAGGAGACACCAAGCGAGCUGCUCUUUACCUUGGAAACAAAAAACAGCAAGCACCUCCCGCCUUCAGCUGAACUAAAUCAGAGCGCCGUCUGUGACAGACCGGUCGUUUCUCUGAACUGAGAUCUGUUUAAGUUUCACAACAACUUAUUUCAGUUGCUUGAGAGUUAUGAAAACAACAUUUAAACAUGACUUAUGGGGGUAUAGUCUCACAAUCUCGUCUGACGGUAAUAAAAGCGCGUUUUUAAGGUGCAAAGUACUGACAGGAAUGUUUAUCUGACAGGACGUUUCGUUUUAUCAGGUAUGUGCAUGUACCAUAUUUUUUCACUGGCAGCACAA